AUGCCGGCGAAAACCAGUGGGCUCCGCAAGCUGGCUGAGGAGAAGACGCUGCUGUCAGGCCUUAGCAAGAUGUUCCACCUAAUCAAGGCCAGCCACAAGGAGCAGCGGAACGGACGCGAGGCCGUUGCCGCGGCUGCCGCGACAGCAGCCGCAAGCGCGGCAAGCGUAAAGGCCUCCAAGAAGACGAAGGUCGAUCCACGUCGAGGCUCGAGGCGGCGCAGCCAGCGCGGGGGGUCGGUCUGGAUUGUGCUCAAGGGCGGUUUUAGCCCGAGGAGUGUGCCCACGGCGGUGCAGACGGAGCGGGUCGAUGCGCGUGCUGGCGGGCGAGCGCGGCUGUCGGAAAAGCGGCGUGCCGCGGCACUCCGGGAGGCCGAGGCGUACAUCGAGAGUGCCUGGCAGCAGGCGCAGGAGGCGAAGCUCCUCACCAGCGACGGCGCGCCGACGGAGGAGGGUGACGCCUACCUCGCCGAGCAGUACGCGUUGGCGUCGCGGAUGCUUCGGCCUCCGACAACUGGCGCUCAUCUUCAUCAGCUCGUUGCGAGCCACUGCAACAGCGGUUUGGACGAUGCUGUCACGGGGGUGGCACAUGGCCGACCCGAGUACACGCUGACCCGAAGCGAAUGGGAAGAUAUCUGCACACGUGAGGCGGCCAUUCUUUUCCGCUAUCGCACGAGUGCCACGCCCUCCGGAACGGCGGAGGACUACUUCAAGGAGCAACAACAGGCCCGGGAAAACCUCUACCACUUCGCUACGGCGGAGCCGAUGACGAAGGCGGGCGAUAUUGUGCCCACCAAGUGCUUGGUCCGCAUUCGUGACAGCCAGCGAGACAAGCAUACGUGCAUUCUGAGCACUGCCAAGUCUGUGAACUAUUUUAAGUCUAACUUCGGACAGGUGCUGCGGAAGGAGCUCAGUGCGUCACGUCUGCCGCGCGGCGGUGCGGCCGACGAGGGGGAGGCGGCCACGAGAACGAAUACUGGAAAAGGAAACCACCAAACGACACCGCAGUCUGGCGCGGCAGCCAACAACUCAAACAGCAGCAAGAAGAGGAGGAGGCGCUGA